AUGAAACUCUUCUCUAUCAUCACGGCAGCUUUGCUUCCUGUAGCAGCAAUGAGCACACCAUUGAACGCAGUCCGCGACUUCGAUGCCGAGGCUGCGUCCAAAGCCCUUCUCGCCAAGACUGCAUCUAAUCCCCACGCAGUCCGUGACCUCGAUGCUGAGGCUGCUGGUUUGGUUAAGAAAGCCACCCAGUAUUGCGACAUCGUCAACGUUGCCACCGAGGUCGAUUGCUGGUGGUUGCCAAAACACGGAGGGAAUGGGAACCACAAAGUCACCAGCCUUGCCGGAACAAGAAAUAACGUUGAAUUCACUUGUUAUACAAAUUGUGAGGACGUUAAUGGUAAUACCUCUUGGGACUGGGCCGUCAACCAUGGGUGUUAUGUUCCUGGUUACUAUACGGAUGCUACCUGCUCUAGAGCCGCUCUUGGAGGAUGUAGCUGGGCAUCAUAUGAUAGAUCUUUUGGGGGCUGUGCUUAG